UCCUUUCUGUUUCAGGAGCCUGCUCCCGGAAGUGCUGGUGUUUGUAGCGGGCGUGAUGGCGUCAAGGUUACUCCGCGGAGCUGGAGCUUUGGCCUCCCAGGCCCUGAGGGCCCGGGGUCCAAAUGGAGUCUCCGUGGUGCGCUCUAUGGCGUCUGGAGGUGGUGUUCCUACUGAUGAAGAGCAGGCGACUGGGCUGGAGAGGGAGGUCAUGCUGGCUGCACGCAAGGGACAGGACCCAUACAAUAUACUUGCCCCAAAGGCAACCUCAGGUACCAAGGAAGACCCUAAUUUAGUUCCCUCCAUCACCAACAAGCGGAUAGUGGGCUGCAUCUACACCACAUCAGGCACUAGGUAUACAUGCCAAAAUGGACCCAGCUUUGGGAGUCUACACAUGCAGGGAACUGAGAACCUAAUGAGGAACUGAUAAAGAGGUGAAGAAGACAACAGUACUGUCAUCUGGUUCUGGCUGCACAAAGGCGAGGCCCAGCGUUGCCCCAGCUGUGGAACCCAUUACAAGCUGGUGCCACACCAGCUGGCCCACUGAGCCGUUAACAGUAACGCACUCAGAAUGUGAUAUUGAAUUUCUUCUUUCCAGUAAAGACUAGUCAUUACAUUGGCUUCUCCUCCCAUA